CACUCAGUAAAUUGCCGGCACCUAAAUUCAGCAUUUGUUUUCAGUAACUUUGAUAGCAGCAGCUAGGGAGCAGUGUACAAGAAGUGGGCUUACAUUUUAAGGUUUCUGAUUAGUUGGCGAAUAAAAGGGGUGUGAUUUUCUUAUUUUUUUCUGAUGCUGUUUGCAGUUAUGCAGCGACAUUUUCCUGCAGGCAACGGCAUGGAGGGGAAAGUGCGGUCGUCGGCAGUCUGAGUUCAGGUUAAUUUGUCCUGAAUCUGGAAGACCAUGGACGUCUGCAUUAAGCCUUUGUGCUACGAGCUCCUGGCAGAAGUAGGAGUUGGCUCCUACGGUAAAGUGUAUAAAGCCAGAGAGGUGGGGGAGAAACGCAGACUCCUCGCAGUGAAGAAAUUCAACAUCCGCGGGGACACGUCGGAGAACGGGAUCCCUGCUUUCAUGAUCCGCGAGGUGGCGCUGCUGCGUAAAAUGAAGUACUUCAACCAUCGCAACAUAGUCAAGCUGUUGGAUGCAUCUGCUGUGCCAAUGGGCAGGAGCUUGGACCUCACUCUGGUGCUGGAAUACAUUGACCAGGACCUUUCCACCUACCUCUCCAAGGUUCCUGCUUCUGGACUGAGCCGUGAUUGUAUUAAGGAUGUGAUGCAGCAGCUGCUGCGAGGAUUGGACUUCCUACACACAAACAUGGUGCUGCAUCGUGACCUGAAACCAGAAAACAUCCUGAUCAGCAGCUCUGGAGAAGUCAAGAUCGCAGACUUUGGACUGGCACGCAUCUACACCUUCAAUAUCGCUCUCACUCCAGGUGUGGUGACACUGUGGUACAGAGCUCCUGAGGUGCUGCUAAACUCUGUUUACAUGUCCUCAGUGGACAUGUGGAGCGCUGGCUGCAUCUUUGCUGAGCUCUUCCUCUUGAGAGCACUGUUUCAGGGAUAUACAGAGGUACAGCAGCUGCAAAAAAUCUUUGAGGUGAUUGGUUUUCCCAGCGAGGAGGACUGGCCCAAGGACAGCCCGAUCUCAUACUCAGUCAUCUGGGGACCAAAAGGCUCCUGCACCAAUCUGUUGCACAACCUGGACCCAGACGAGAACGACCUACUAUCUCAAUGUUUGGCAUUCAGACCAAGCAGGCGCAUCUCAGCUGCCAAAGCCCUGGCUCAUCCUUUCUUCGUGAAGAACUGAAGCUUUUGGAAGACGAACGUCAGCUCCUUCCGCUUCUCUACUGUCAGCUUAAAAUAUCAGUUCAUCGGGGAUCAUGAAACCGUGGUCAGGUUUGAGGAAAGGUUUUUUGAACAUCAGUGUAUAAAAAACACAUUAUGCCUGACUUGUAGAACAUAACUGUGAUGGAACAUAACCCUUAACACAGGGAAAUAUAUUUUGUAUUUGAUAAACAGAACAUGAUGCACUUUUGAAGGAUUGCUCCGUAAUACUUUUAUUUACUUACAAUUUGACCAGCCUUCAUAUGAACGGAGUAAAAGUAUGUUGUUCUUUGAAAAAAAAAAUAUGAUAGUACGCUGUGUAUUUCCAUAAAACACAGUGCUACUUUGUUGUUGUUGAGAGUAUUAAAAAUAAGGAUUUUGUUUUGCUGUAAACUACUGACGACACUAUUAUGAACACCUUUUAAGUUGAUGAGUUGGUUUAUAUUGUUUCACCAAAGCUUUUUUUGUUCUCAACUUGUACAGUAAAUGAAGAUCUUUAUUUUUGUUAUUUUGAUGAAGGUAUUUAUGGUGUAGUCAGAGGGAAUAGAUUACACCUGUAUUUAUGUUUGUAUUGACAGACUGUACAAGAUAUUUUUUUAUGAGUUGCACUGUUCAUUCAAGAAGCAUUUCUAUAAAUAAUUGUCUCUCAAA